AUGUACACCAAGUUGAUCAUCGCUCUUUGCGUCGUGGGAGUCGCCCGCGCUGGUGGCCUUUAUGGCGCUGCUCCACUUGCAUACAGCGCGAUCGCGUCCCCUGCUGUGGUGACGAAGACCAUUUCUCCGGCAGUCUCUUCUAUCUCGUCCUACUCUACCCACCAGGCUCAUGGUAGCCCCAUUGCGACCUACGCUGCCGGCCCUGCAGUUAGUGCGUACGCAGCACCUGCCGUCGCUACCUAUGCUGCUGCCCCCGCUGUUGUCACUAAGACCAUUAGCCCCGCUGUAAGCUCCAUCUCCUCUUACUCCACUCAUACGUCGCACGGCUCCCCUGUAGCCACCUACGCCGCGGCCCCCAUUGUGGCUAAGGCCGCCUACGCUGCUCCCGCGUACGCCGCAUACGCCGCUCCCGCUGCGUACGCUGCUCCUGCUGUUGCCGUGACCAAGACCAUCGCUCCCGCUGUCUCUUCCGUGUCUUCUUACUCUAGCCACACCGCUCACGGCACCGCAUACGCUGCUCCCGCUGUAGCUGCGUACUCCGCCCCGCUGUAUGCCAAGGCGUAUGCUGCUCCCAUCGCCACCUACGCCGCUGGACCCGUCGCCACUUACGCCGCCGCUGCUCCCAUUCUUAAAUCAGCUGUCGCGUACUCCGCUGCCCCCGCUGUAUCCCACAUCGCAUACAGUGGACACGGUGCCCACUACGGUUGGUAA